AGGGGUGUGGCCAAGGGUAAAGGUGGUUCUAUGCACAUGUACGCUAAACACUUUUAUGGAGGGAACGGAAUCGUGGGGGCUCAGGUUCCAUUGGGGGCAGGUGUGGCACUAGCCUGUCAGUACCAAGGCAACAACCAGGUGUGCGUGGCGCUGUACGGAGACGGAGCAGCCAACCAGGGCCAGAUCUUUGAGUCGUUCAACAUGGCGGCUCUGUGGAAGCUGCCGUGUAUCUUCAUCUGUGAGAACAACAAGUUUGGCAUGGGGACGUCUGUAGAGAGAUCUUCCGCGAGCACUGACUACUUCAAGAGAGGAGACUAUAUACCUGGAAUCAAGGUGGAUGGCAUGGACGUUCUGUGUGUGAGGGAGGCCAUCAAGUUUGCUGCAGACUACUGCAGAGCUGGGAAGGGUCCUAUUGUGAUGGAGCUGGAGACCUACCGUUACCAUGGACACAGCAUGAGCGACCCCGGGGUUAGCUACCGUUCACGUGAGGAAAUCCAGGAAGUGCGCAGUAAGAGUGACCCCAUAACCAUGCUGAAGGAGCGUAUGCUGUCCAACAACAUGGCUUCUGUGGAGGAGAUCAAGGAGAUAGAUGUAGAGAUCAGGAAAGUGAUCGAGGAUGCGGCCCAGUUUGCGAUCUCUGACCCUGAGCCGCCAUUGGACGAGCUCUGCAACCACAUCUUCGCCAACAAUCCACCCAUGGAGGUCCGUGGGACCAACCCCUGGGUCAAACUGAAGUCUGUCAGUUAGACACACACAUGGACCAAACUACUGUACAGUCUAUCAGCUGCACAUCCCUUUCUACCCUCUGCAACCAACCCCUGGGUGAAAGUCUACUCCUCCUGUCCUCUGGCUCCCUUCUCUUAUUCCCUCAUGAAUUGUCUCUAAAUGCACUAUAUGAAAAAAGGUCAUGACCCUGUAGGUCGGAGUUCAGUCUGUAGCAGCAAUCCAAACCAGUCUGGCACCUCUGACACUGACGUCACUGGUAUUUAUUGACACUGUAUUGAGUAUAUUAUGUAGUUUUAUGUAUUCUCCUGACACUGAGGGACCACCUGUCUGUAGAUUGGAGGUGUAUGGCUUAGGGCAGGCUUUUGUUCCAACCUAGCACUAACACACCUGACUCAAUCAGUCAUCAAGACAUUGAUUAGCUGGAUCUGGUGUGUUCACACUGGUACUUACUAAGCUUGCACACCCUCUAACUCUCCAGUACCAGGGUUGGCUACCCCUGGAUAAGGGAGUGUGUGUGGGGAUGGUUCUAGGUUAAACCAAGUUCAUCUCCCUGUAAGGUUUCAGACUGUUAGUAUGUAUUACCUCUGACCCAGAUGUUAUUGUAGCACCGUAGCACUUUGACUAGAUAGAUAAACUAAUGAGAUAUCAUACUGCAGGUCAUUAUUGUCAUCAUAGAAAAAGGGACCAUCAAUGGUGGUCAAUUUCUUGCUCUUCCUCUCCUUCUUUAACUUCCUCCCGGGCAUCAAUCUAUCCUUCUUUAACUUCCUCCCGGGCAUCAAUCUAUCCUUCUUUAACUUCCUCCCCGGCAUCAAUCUAUCCUUCUUUCCGUGAGCAGCGGAUACUGAUCCAAGCACUAACAGAAGAACUGAAAAACUGAACAAUUGUUGUACAGUUUGUUGUGAUUUGACUGAAGCAAUAAAAUUGGCAGAGACUGUGUGA